AUGACCUUGUAUGUGCUGGAGGACCUUGCCUGGUCCCCCGAAGAGCUAACUGCGGGGUUUGGUGAGACUCAGCUGGCCUUUGUGUCAAAGCCCAAACACAGAUGCCUAAUCAAAGAUUACCAUCAGUUCCUGGCCUUGAUGUUUGCUGUCAGGGAGGUGAAUAAGGAUCUAGUUCUCCUCCCCAACAUCACCCUUGGCUUCCGCAUCUAUGAAAAUAAGAAGAUGGAGAGGAAUAUUUUCUUAAACAGCCUCUCCCUGCUCUCCACACGGCGCCGAAUGGUUCCAGGUUACAAAUGUGACAGGCAGGAGACUCUGCUCUCUGUCAUUGGAGGUCACAACUCCAAAUCCUCAAGGCAGAUGGCCUCCAUCUUCAGCAUCCUCAAAGUCCCACAGCUUCUUCCCUAUUUGAGGAACGUUCAGUUCAACAACAGUGCUGGAGAUGAAGUCUCCUUCUCAGAAAAUGGCCUGGGAUCUGCUCGUUAUGAUCUUUUCAACUGGGUUCUGCUCCCCAACGAAUCUUUUGUCCCUGUGAAAGUUGGACAAAUAGAUCCCGGGGCUCCCGCAGGACAGGAUUUCACCAUUAACUCUGAUGCAAUUGUCUGGGCAAAAAAGAAGGUGCCCUUUGCCAGGUGUGGCAUGAAGAGGUGCCAGGCAGGAGAGAGGAAAAGAGUUCCAGAGGGCGAGCAGGUUUGCUGCUACCAAUGUGACCCUUGUCCAGAAGGGACCAUUUCUAACCAGACAGAUUCUGCAAGUUGUGAUCCCUGCCCAGAAGACCAAUAUCCCAACAAGGAGAAGGACCACUGCGUUGCCAAGAAGAUCCACUUCCUUUCCUAUCAAGAAACCUUGGGAUAUACUUUGUCUUCUCUCACACUUUCUCUCUCGAUGACCACAUUAACUGUGCUGGCAGUUUUCCUUAAACAUCAUGAUACACCGAUUGUCAAGGCCAACAACCGAGAUCUCACCUAUAUCCUCCUGGUCUCCCUCUUGCUCUGCCUCCUCUGCUCUUUCCUUUUCAUUGGUCGACCCAGGAAGAUCACCUGUCUCUUCCGACAAAUUACCUUUGCCAUUCUUUUUUCCCUGGCAGUUUCCUCUGUGUUGGCAAAAACUGUCAUGGUGGUUCUGGCCUUCAUGGCUACCAAACCAGGGAACAGGGCAAGGAAACUCUUAGGAAAACCACUGACCAACUCCAUUGUCUUAGCUUGUCCCCUGGUCCAAGCAGUUCUUUGUGCCACCUGGUUGGUAACCUCUCCCCCAUUUCUCAACUUUGACUUUCGCUCCUUGGUGGGAGAGGCCAUCUUGGAAUGUAGCGAAGGUUCAGCUUCUAUGUUUUACACUGUCCUCUCUUACCUGGGUUUCUUGGCCCUCGUCAGUUUCACUGUGGCCUUUUUGGCUAGGAAAUUGCCUGACAGCUUUAAUGAAGCCAAGUUCAUUACUUUCAGCAUGCUGGUCUUUUGCAGUGUUUGGAUCACUUUCCUCCCCACCUACCUGAGCACCAAAGGGAAGUCCAUGGUGGCCGUGGAGAUCUUCUCCAUCUUGGCCUCUGGGGCUGGUCUCUUGGCUUGCAUCUUUUUUCCCAAAUGCUACAUUAUUCUAUUCAGGCCCAAUCUUAACUGUAGGGAAAAUAUGAUAAGGCCCAAAAAUCUCUAACUGAUGCAUGCCUGGGAAUGUUUUAAAAUUUUUCUUUGAGGUAUAUUUAGUAUCUUAUGUCAUUUUAAAAACAUGAUGACAGAGAAAGAGGAACACGUCCAGUAAACAAUCCCUUACCAAGUGGUAUAAGUGAUUACAAUAAGAAUCACUUGUCUGAGGUGGGCAGAUAUAGAAAUUGAAUGAAUCAGUCAAUGAAUGAAUAAAGGGACCUGCUAUCAGCAAUUAUCAUGCAGCUUUUUUAUCCCAUAUCCCAGUUUUCCACAUUGUCGCCCAGUUUACUAUGUAAAAAGAAAGCUUGCUGUUAUAUAUAAAUUCAUUAUUC